GUUGCUGCGCGGUGAACGGGCUGAAGGUGCGGCUGUGACAGCAUCCGCGCCUGUUGCUGGGCCCCCCAAAAUGUCUGAGCUGAGGCAGAGGCUCGGCCGGGAUGCUGAUGGACAGCUUGACUCCGAGGAAAAGGAAUCGGAGUUGGAAAACAAGCUGGAUGGAGAAACUGCAUCUGACAGUGAAUGCAAGUCAGAAGCAGCCCAAGCAGCCCCAGUUGAUGAUACUCCAGAAGUUCUUAAUAGGGCACUGUCUAAACUGUCAUCAAGAUGGAAGAAUUGGUGGGUCAGAGGCAUCCUGACUUUGGCAAUGAUAGUCUUUUUCUUCAUCAUAAUAUACUUGGGGCCAAUGGUGUUGAUGAUGAUUGUGAUGUGUGUACAGAUCAAGUGCUUCCAUGAGAUCAUCACAAUCGGCUACAAUGUCUAUCACUCAUAUGAGCUUCCUUGGUUCCGAACACUCAGUUGGUACUUCCUGCUCUGUGUGAAUUACUUCUUCUAUGGCGAGACGGUUACAGAUUAUUUUUUCACUCUGGUCCAGAGGGAAGAGCCCUUGAGGAUUCUCAGCAAAUACCAUCGCUUCAUUUCUUUUGCCCUCUACUUAACAGGCUUCUGCAUGUUUGUCUUGAGUCUGGUCAAGAAGCAUUAUCGACUCCAAUUCUACAUGUUUGGUUGGACCCAUGUGACUUUGCUAAUUGUUGUUACCCAGUCGCACCUCAUCAUUCACAACCUGUUUGAAGGAAUGAUCUGGUUUAUUGUUCCAAUUUCAUGUGUCAUCUGCAAUGACAUCAUGGCCUACAUGUUUGGGUUCUUCUUUGGGCGCACUCCACUGAUUAAGCUUUCCCCAAAGAAGACAUGGGAAGGUUUUAUUGGAGGGUUCUUUGCCACCGUUGUCUUUGGCCUGCUUCUGUCAUACGUGAUGUCUGGAUACAGAUGCUUUGUGUGUCCUGUGGAGUUCAACAAUGACACCAACAGCUUCACUGUAGACUGUGAGCCUUCCGAGCUGUUCCAGUUACAGAAGUACAACAUUCCAUCAGUGCUUCGGUCUGUCAUUGGCUGGAAAACUGUCAAGAUGUAUCCCUUCCAGGUACACAGCAUUGCACUCUCCACUUUUGCUUCCCUGAUUGGUCCCUUUGGGGGAUUUUUUGCCAGUGGAUUUAAAAGAGCCUUCAAAAUCAAGGACUUUGCCAACACGAUCCCAGGGCACGGCGGCAUAAUGGACCGGUUUGACUGUCAGUACCUGAUGGCCACUUUCGUAAAUGUGUAUAUUGCCAGUUUUAUCAGGGGUCCUAAUCCAAGCAAACUGAUCCAGCAGUUCCUGACUCUGCGGCCAGACCAGCAGCUGCACAUCUUCAACACACUAAAGGCACACCUCGUCGACAAGGGCAUGUUGGCUGGUUCCGAAGACGCGUAGGCAGCUGUGCCAUCAGGAUGUGACUGAAAGUGGGCAAGUUCCCCCCCCCCAAGGAAAUCCCCUCUUGGUUUGCCUGAUUUAGGACAAUAAUCAGGCCUCACAUCUCUCAUUUUCUUCUUUUUUUCCAUAUAAGAGGUUUGCAUUUCUGUAACUUUAAAAAAAAUCUAUUUAUAUGGCUAUGGUUUCAAACAAACACAUUGAAACUUUUAGCUGAGAAGGAACUGUGGCACUGAAAGAGAAACCUGACCAUGUCCUCUGGACGGUGUCUUCAUAGCCCCUUGAAUUUGCAGGGUUGGGUUUUUUUACCUUCCGAACAUGAGUUGAAAGUUCCAAAAGGCUGUCAUUCCCCCCACCCCCUUUGGGGAUGUGUGGAAUGGCAGUGAGGAAGGGACAAGGGUGGAAACGUGCUGAGUGGAGUCUCUGUAAUGCAGGUUGAUGACAAGCCAGCGUCCUAUGCAUACAUUUCACAUUUCCCGUGUGGCAAAUCUAGCACAUGUUGCAGUUGACACAGAGGUUUCACGAAGACUUUAAGAGCCUUGAUUAG